AUGGACCAUAACUUCCCUUUCGUCCCGCCCCUCAAUUUCGAACUCGUGGCCAAAGGCGGUAUUUAUCGCAGCGGUCACCCAAACGAGCGGAAUUUCAGUUUCUUGCGCAGCCUGAAGCUCAAAAGCAUCAUGUAUCUUGGUCUGGAAGAUUUACGGCCCAAUAUGAGCGGCUUUUGCGAGGAGGAAGGCAUUCAAGUCUUCCAUAUUCGCUUGCAGCUGAACAAGGAGCCGUUUGAUGAAAUGGAUGAAGAUGAAGUCGCCGCAGCACUGUCGCUCAUACUCGACAAACGUAACCUACCAAUGCUCGUGCACUGCAACAAAGGCAAGUAUCGCGUUGGUUGCAUCGUCGGAUGCCUGCGCAAGUUCCAAGGCUGGAUGCAAUCUGCGAUAUUUGACGAGUACUCCAGGCUUGCCGGUGUCAAGGUUGCCGACCAGGAGUUCAUUGAGGUCUUCGAUACGUCAAAGAUCAAAGUCGAUCCAGCUUACAUGCUGGAGCUGACGUAG